GAGUUUUUGCCCUAUGCUCUCGGGUCCCUCAGGCAGCCACCCCCGUGGGCACACGCCCAGGCGCUGCUCCUGCCCCGCGCUCCCUCCCUCUGCCUUUCUCUUCCCAGCUGCCAAGAUCUCGGAAGCUUUGAAGCUCAGCAAAGAAGGGAAAUCCAUUGAGAACAGUCUGUAAAGGUAUCCCAGGACUACCUGCCUGCCAAGACCCUCUGUAAAAGCUUCGUGCACCCUGCUGUUGAGCGCUCCAAGGAGGUAACGGUAUUCAGAGAGACUUCAACUGUGAGGAAAUGUCAUUCAGAUUUGGCCAACAUCUCAUCAAACCCUCUGUGGUGUUUCUCAAAACUGAACUGUCCUUCGCCCUGGUGAACAGGAAACCUGUGGUGCCUGGACAUGUCCUCGUGUGUCCCCUCCGGCCAGUGGAGCGCUUCCGAGACCUGCAUCCCGAUGAAGUGGCCGAUUUGUUUCAGGCAGCGCAGAGGGUCGGGACGGUGGUGGAGAAGCAUUUCCAGGGCACCUCUCUCACCUUUUCCGUGCAGGAUGGCCCCGAAGCCGGACAGACUGUGAAGCAUGUUCACAUCCACGUUCUUCCAAGAAAGGCUGGAGACUUUCACAGGAAUGACAGCAUCUAUGAUGAGCUCCAGAAACAUGACAAAGAAGAGGAGGACUCCCCAUCCUUGUGGAGAUCAGAGGAGGAGAUGGCAGCUGAAGCUGCGGUGCUGCGGGGCUACUUUUAGUGACACAGGCGUGAAAGGAACUCAAAUCCCAAGGCAUAAGGAAACGGGCCUCGUGCUUUAGGACCCUGCGGCAUUGGAAAUGAAGCUAAGCAGACUUUAUUACAUCCUACAAUUCUACAACCUUUUGCAAAGCAUUUUAUUACGCUUGUGGAAGCCAUCGGGGUUAUGUUUCAAUCAUGAUGACGGACAGGCUGCCUUCAAAACGAUGGCACCCAGGGCCCUUUCACACUUCCUUGGCUACACACUUAGA